GCCAGGGGGUCUGCGAGCCUCAGCUUCGCUGCAGCCCAGGGAUGCUCCAGAGAGGGAGGCUCCGCAGGAAGGAGCCUGGGAGUUGUGUAUUGCGGCGGCUGGAGGUGACCCUCCCCGUACCUCCCACGCCCUUCUACGUUGAGCCGAGCCCCCAAGGGUUCAAGGCACGACUCCCGCGCGCACCUUCAAGGCCCCAUGCAGGUUUCAGACUGGUGUGCAAAGGCACACCAGUGCAUUUCUGUUUCCUAGGUUGCUGUUGUAGACGGAUGUUAGCGGCUUUUCUGUGAACAUGCAAAGUCGUGGGCGAGUUAGAGUCCAGGGCAGAGUUGGUCUCUGCGGUUGAAUAUGGAUUCCGCAUUAUAUAGGUGUCAUGCUGAAUCAGCCUGUCCCCUUCCUAAGGCUGCCUGGAAGGAUCUGCAAAGGCCAGCAGUAAUCUAAUCUCCACAACUACUGCUGGCUUUAGUCUUACCCUUAAGCGUUACAAUUAACAUUUCUGUGACAUGACAGGCCCCCUCGAGUUUUCCUCAGGUGCUUGGGGUUUUUGAGUGUGUGCUUACACACAGACAUUGCGAUCUUGGUGUAACAUCUUGCCUCUUCAAAGCGUGAUUGAGGUACUAUUUAAGAUCUGAAGAACGUUCACAAUGUGACAGGGUAUCUACAGCACACAGAAAAAGCUACAGUAAACAGUGUGAGGAUGAGUAAAGUGAGCAAGUACUAAUGCCUAUAUCAGCAAAUAUAAUUGUUAUGCCAAGUUCGUGAGAUCACAAAAAGACCACCAAGGAGCCAACUCACUGAUGCAAACCCACAAGGUUUAAUGUUAAUCUACAAGCCUCGGCAAGGACCCUGUCCAGCAAACUGGCACAGCACCUGCAGGAAAAGGGUGUCUGGCCUCAAUUGUAAGGGGUUUUUAAAGGAAAAAAAUUGCAAGCAGCAUGGUACGUGCCUUGACUGUUCAGGAUUGGGUAAGAGUAGGUGACCUUUGGAUUCAUUGAUGUAGGCUCUAAGGGAAUUUCAAAAUUAUUACUAAUGGUUGCCCACAAGGACAGUUAUGACAAGAUGUUAUUUACCAAAAUUAGUCAUUGCCUGACAACCCGGAUGGGCUCACUUUGACCUGGAUGGGCACAGUUUGGGUGCCCCUUGGAACUGUUUAUAGUUCCUUGGCUGGAGCUGAAUCAGCCUUGUGCCACACAGGGAAUGUCUCAACCGUGGCUUCCAAUUUACCUUGCUCCUACAAUAAUAAUUAAGGUUUCUGCUUUGCAUCUUAUGGAAUUAAGCAUCCUAUUACACUGUCUCCUUCCCUGUGUUUUUAAUGAUAGUGACACCGGCAGCUUGAGUAUGGCAAAAGAGGAACAUGACUAGGUUCGUGGUGACUGGAGGUUAUGGUAUCAGAGUAUUGUCAAACGUUUUCCUGGAUAAGGAGUAGAAAAAUACAGUGGUGGCUUGGGGAGAAUAAUAAGUCAAGUGAUAGGGAUGGAGAUUUUUGUUUGUUUGAUAUUUACUUACAGGCAAGAGUUCUAGAAUUUGCAUGCUUUGGAAAGUAUCUAGCAGAGAAGGAAAAAUAGUGUGUGCCAGAGAGUCCGAGGUCUCAUCACCAUUCUAGCAAUCACUCCAGAGUAGUGAGUAGAUAAUAUUGCUUCUUACCAUGUUCCUGGGCUAGAGAUACAGCUUACUAUUAAAACUCAUGUCUUGUUGUGAGUUUUUAAAAUGGUGCCUUCCACAAUACGCUGUAAAUGUACUAACAAAUAACCUUCCUUCAACUUAUGUGACACUUAUGAGUAGAAAUAUAUUCUAAGAACGGAAAUAACAUCAAAACCCUGCAAUGUUAGUUAGUGUUUCUUGAUUAUAGAAUCACAACUCCUUUACUUGCUUUCUGCAUCUCUGUCUCCUGGGAACUGUACUGGCCACCUAUAAUUUUCUAAAACUGAAGGACUCAUUUUUCACUUGAGAGCUUUAUUAUUUUUCUCUCACCAGUGAUUUACCUUUUCAUCAUGUAGUUCUCCACAAACACAGCCUCAAAAAGGCUGUGGUGUUGUAGUUGAUGAUAGCAAGGGCUCCAGAAUCAGACUAUCUGACUUUACAUUCCAGCUCCCCACUUACUCGAUGAUGUGACUUAAGUUAGUACUUGAACUAGCAAAACGUCAUUUUCCCAUUGAUAAAGUGAGAGAUAAUGACAGUAUUUGCUUUAUGUAAGUAGGUAGAGGAGCUAAAGAGGAUGCAGAUGUCAGCACAUCCUCUGGAUAAUAAACAGCACACCACUGGAAGAUAAACAGAAAAAGAAAGAAAGAAAAUGCAGGAAGUGUAGUUGUAUUUCUGCCAUAGUCUCCAAAACACCUCUAGUUCCUACUCAGUGCUUUUGAUGGCUAUUCUUGUCGUGAACUUCACUACAUCUGGAAUGAACUACAAUCCAGAAAUGGAGGGCACACCUGUGAGAGAUUUGCUGCUUGAUUUGAAGUGAGUGAAUCAACUUCUAGCCAGGAUGUUUUGAGAUGGAAGACUCACACCUUUGAUCUGUAUAUUGAAUCAGGAAGACACAUGCCUUUAAUCCAGAUCUUGAGGUGGGAAGACACACGUUUAAUAUGGUCCAUACCUUCUUCUGGAAGUCUAUAUAAGGACAUAGAAGAAGGAAGCUUUUGCUGUUUGCCUAUUUGCCUCACUUUACUAGAGCAUCAUUCCCUUCAUUGGCAUUGGAUCCUAUGCCAAUGAAGGGAUUUCAGCAUAUACAGAAGACCAACUGAAACCUUGUGGACUUUGUAUUCACUGCUAGCUAUUGUUGGAUUAGCUGGACUGCAGCCUUUCUAAGAACAGGUGGAAUUGGCUAUGGAUAAUUCAUAUGAUUUCAAUGAACAAGGUUCAUGGAAUGGAAUCUCAUCUGGGAAGAAAAAGAAUUUCCUUACAUCAGAAGAUCAUGGACAGAAAAUUUUAAGUGUACUACAGAGUUUUAGAGAACAGAAUGUUUUUUAUGAUUUCAAAAUAAUCAUGAAAGAAGAAAUAAUUCCAUGUCAUCGUUGUGUGUUGGCGGCAUGCAGUGACUUUUUCAGGGCUAUGUUUGAAGUAAACAUGAAAGAAAGAGAUGAUGGGAGUGUUACCAUUACUAAUUUGUCCUCCAAAGCAGUAAAGGCAUUUCUUGACUAUGCCUACACCGGAAAAGCAAGAAUAACAGAUGAUAACGUAGAAAUGUUCUUCCAGUUGUCAUCGUUUCUUCAGGUUCCCUUCUUGUCCAAAGCUUGCAGUGACUUUUUAAUAAAAAGCAUCAAUCUCGUCAAUUGUUUGCACUUGUUAUCUUUGUCAGACAGCUAUGGCUCUACCCAUUUAUUUAGUCAUGCUUUAUGCUUUGUACAGCAUCAUUUUCAUUUGUUAUUUAAAUCCAGGGAGUUUUUAGAGAUGAAUUGUGGAGUGCUGGAAAAGUGCCUGGAGUCAGAUGAAUUAAAUGUGCCUGAAGAAGAAAUUGUCCUGAAGGUUGUCAUCACAUGGAUUAAAUACAACUUAGAGUCCAGGCAAAAGCACCUGCCUCACUUGAUUAGAAAAGUAAGGUUACAUCAGUUAUCUGAAGACACACUUCAAGACUGUCUGCUCAAUGAGGAGUGUUUACUCAAAAGCACAAACUGUUUUGACAUAAUUGUGGAUGCCAUUAAAUGUGUACAAGGUUCUAGUGGUCUCUUCCCUGAUGCUCGACCAUCCACAACUGAAAAAUAUAUAUUCAUCCAUAAAACUGAGGAAAAUGGAGAAAAUCAAUAUACAUUUUGCUAUAAUAUUAAAACUGACUCAUGGAAAAUAUUGCCACAAUCACAUCUGAUUGAUUUGCCAGGAUCCAGCUUGUCUAGCUAUGGAGAGAAAAUAUUCUUGACAGGUGGUUGCAAGGGGAAGUGCUGUAGGAAGGUUCGACUUCAUAUUGCUGAGUCUUACCAUGAUGCCACUGACCAGACCUGGUGCUACUGUCCAGUCAAAAAUGAGUUUUUCUUGGUUUCAACCAUGAAAACCCCAAGAACCAUGCAUUCAUCAGUCAUGGCUCUCAAUCGUUUAUUUGUUAUAGGUGGAAAGACUAGAGGAUCCCAGGACAUUAAAAGUCUCUUAGAUGUUGAAUCUUAUGAUCCACUAUCCAGAGAGUGGACAUCGGUUAGCCCUUUACCCAGAGGCAUCUAUUACCCAGAAGCCAGUGCAUGCCAGAAUGUCAUUUAUGUUCUUGGAUCCGAGGUAGAGAUUGCAGAUGCAUUUAACCCAUCACUUGAUUGUUUUUUUAAGUACAAUGCUACAACUGACCAGUGGUCUGAACUCGUAGCUGAGUUUGGGCAAUUCUUUCAUGCUACUCUAAUUAAAGCUGUCCCAGUAAACUGCACCCUGUAUAUAUGUGAUCUUUCCACCUAUAAGGUGUAUAGUUUUUGUCCUGAUACUUGUGUUUGGAAAGGAGAAGGCUCUUUUGAGUGUGCAGGCUUUAAUGCUGGUGCAAUUGGCAUUGAGGAUAAGAUUUACAUAUUAGGUGGAGAUUAUGCACCAGAUGAGAUCACAGAUGAGGUUCAGGUUUAUCACAGCAGCAGGUCAGAGUGGGAAGAGGUGUCACCAAUGCCAAGAGCCUUAACUGAAUUUUACUGCCAAGUUAUUCAGUUCAACAAAUAUAGGGACCCAUGGUUUUCUAAUCAUUUCUAAAAGUAGUAUUUGCAUGAGUGGUCUAAAAUGAUGCCUAGUAAAAUUAGAAAAAAAAAAAGUAUUUACUAAUCUAUCUUCUAUGGAAGAAUGACUGUAGAUGUAUGUUGUCCCUAAGUAGACAGGUUCCCAGAAAAUUAAAUUAGAAUACAAAAUACAUUUUACCAAAGUUAUAUUGAAUGUAAUUUAAUAUUGAAUACUUCAGAAUGUUUAGUAUUGUCUUAUGUAAAUCAAAAAGUAAAGGUUUUGACACUUUGAAUUUAAGAUAAAGGAUGCCAAAAAAAAAUCAGUGCUCAUAAAUGUGUACCAUGUAGAAGGGAUAAAUACCUUUAGGUAGAUAGAAAUAUCAUGUGACAAGAAGAUAAACUAGAAAUAGGUGAGAAGCUCACAUUGAACACUGAAGGACUAAGAAUUAUUUAAUCCCUAUCCUUUUCUGCCUGCUGGCUAAAAUAUCUCAUUUAUCUUUGUUGUAGUCAGAAACUUUCUGGAAUACAUUUCUCCACCCAUGUGCUCAGUACACUGAGAAUAGUUUGGCAUUACUCUUAUGGUGUAUGAUAGAUAUUAAGUAUUUAUAAUAUGUAUUUGUGAUUAAGAGCAUAUUGAAGCACAUUAUGGUGUUGAGCCAUUGAGGUUAAUUUUUUUUUACUUGCUGGUUUAUUUGUUUUCAGUAUCAUUUUGAAACUCAGCUUUUUAGUAACAUGAUAGCUUCCAUUCUCUUGUUCAAAUUUGGUAAAAUUUACAUUUUUUACUUAAUUAUCAUACUAAAUUGCACCAAGCCUGAGUGUGUCUUAACAUAUAACCCACUGAGUGACAUCCUUGCAAUCUGAAAUGUUCUUUUAAAUGCUCUUUCUAAAUCAUUGGUGCCUACUCCCCCAACAUAGAGGAUACAGAAAUUUUUAUCUUUAGAGAAGUUGGUCAUUAUAAAGAGGUAGUUUCUUUAUUACAUUUUAGUACAUGUUUGUCAUUAUACUUUAGUUCCUGUUCAUCUCUCCCACUGCCUCCACCCAUCCCCCAAGUCCUACUCUAGAUGGUCUCUUCCUGCCAGACAGUCCCCUUUUGCUUCCAGGCCACAGGAAUUCUGUUGCCCUCUCUUCUCCUCCCUUAAGAUCUUUUCCUUCCUUCAGAGUCAUCUUUUUACUUCCAUGUCUCACAAACACAUCAUAUACAUGCACAGAUUCACAAAGAAAUCUAGAUUCAGCAUGAGAGAAUACAUACAAUUUUUGUCUUUUCUCAAUUUGACUUAUUUCACUUAGCAUAUUGACCUCUAGUUCCAUCCAUUUCCCUGCGGAUGCUCUAAUUGUGUUCUCAACUGCUGAAUAUAGUUCUAUUGUACAUAUAUACCACAUUUUCUAUAUUUAUCCAUGAUGGUCAUCUAGGAUGAAUCUAAUAGCCUGACUGUUGUGAACAGGGUGCAGCAAUGAACAAUGUUCACUGAGAAUGUAUAACGAGGAAUGCAGUAAGAAUCUAGGGUUUAAUUAGCACCUAACCAGGUUCCUGCCAUGGGUGCUAAUUGUAAAGUUGUUUUACAACUUCAGUAAAUUACUCUAAGUGAAUCACUUAAGAAAUGACAGGACUUCUGAUAUCAAUAGUUUCAAAAUCUAGGUCUUUGUGGGCUUCAACCAGAGCAUGACCAUCCUUUUUCUUGAGCAAGGUUGUUCUGCUUUGCAAGAGGCAUACUUAAUUGCUCUAAAAGAUAUUGCCAUUUUGGGUUUUAAGACCCCGAUUCACAUCUCAGGAAUUACAUAAAUUGCACAACUCAUAAUUAAUGUGGUUUCCUAAACUACAUUUUAAAUAUUCAGUUGUAGUAAGUGUAGAAUUAAGACUUACCUAAAUCAAAGUUCUUUGAUUUUAUCACACAUUUAUGCAAACACAGAUUUCAGAUGUAUUUUCCAAGUAUAUUUACAUGCAGCUUCAAAGUCAGAUAAUUGAUUUCAGUCAUGGGGUAUUCAGUACAAUCAAUAGCUCUUUUUAAACACACAGGUGAUUCUGCCCUUUCAUUUUGUGUGUACUUAAGAAAAAACUCAGGAGAUACUUCUGUGGCAUUCUUUGAGAAAACCGGUAACAAUAAGUGACCCAUGUAUUCUUAAAUAAUGUUGUCAGUGAGUCUAGGAAUUAUUUAUUUGAAAAACAAGAGAAACUAAACUAAAACAAUCCCUUUCCAACAGUGUUAUGUUAUCCAAUCCUUUUUAUUUCUGCUAUUUUCUAUGGUAAUGUCCGUGCACAUCAAGACCCAACUGGUCUACUGGUCUACUGUGGAUUUGUUGUCUUUGCUUAUGCUGGUUUGGGACCUUAGUUGUAUUGCUGUGCUUGCUUUUUAAACAUGUUCAUUUCUUGCCAUCUCUGUAAAUUUAUACCUUGUCCUUUUUUAGAGUUGUCAUUAUAAAGAAAAUACUAUGUCCAGUAUAAAACACAGCCUCUUCAUUUCUUUAUCACCACAACAGGCUUGCCUCAACUAAUGGCUAAUUUUAUAUUUCCUUGUCAUGCUUUCAUUUCAUCUAACUGUCUCUGGGAUAAAACAGUUCUGUGUUCAAGCUCCAGGACUCUAUCCACAAUGGCUCCUUUGUUCUAUGACUAAACUGGUACACCCAAGGUCUUGCCAGUCACUGUGGCCUUAAUACCUUCAGAACAGAAUUUAUCACUCUGGCUCUUUUCAUUCUGUUUUUCUAAUAUGCAAAUCUCUGUGAUCUCUAAGGUCUAUUCUCAGAAUAUAGCAUCCUUUUAUGGAGUCUUUCUUUAGUCCUUUUUUCUUCUUUCUUUUUCCUUUUAUGUUGACCUUCAGCCAGGACCACAGUGUAAUGGCCAAAUAAUUGGGCUCACUAUCCAGACUGCUGCCAUUCCUAUGGGAAAAAAAAAAAUGUUUUAACAGUUCUCCAUUAUUUUUCAUCUUGCUUUACCUCAUUAGGAGUAUGCAUCCAGAAAUAUUUGAAUAUUAUCUCCCAAAUUGAAAGUAUGUAUUAAAUAUAGAACUAUAGAAAGGAUUAAUAUAUGAAAUAAGUUCACAGUUAAUGGACAUUCUAGUUAUGAUCUUCAAGUGAGUUAGAAUGUGGUGCUCCUUUGUUCAUGUAGUCUUGAGGAAGAGUAUUUGCACAGUUAAAAUGAACUAAAAUCCUGUAACACUCAACUCUGUUGGUAAAGAAAGAAAUAUUUAUCACAGCAGCAUUCAUUGUGGACUACCCAUGAAAGCUGGGUUACUUGAGGGCAACCAUACAUUGCAACAAAAUUCCAUUUUUUCAUAUACUAAGAACAAUUGAAUGCAUAUUCAUUGUGUUUGGUUCAAGUAUACAUUUGAAAACCAAAGUUUAAAACAGAGAGAUAGAUCUGUUUGAUAUUUUCAUAUUUGUAAGCAAUAAAUAUUGUAAUGAUUAUAUAUAUACUGAAUAUAGGAUUUACUUUGGGAUCGUUGUUCUCAGAUUGAUUGAAUCCUAGUUCUCAAAGCUUUUUUUCUUUAUUUGAAAUUAAAGUAUAAGUUUUUAUAAUGUCUCCAAGAAAACAGCUCCAGAGGUAGUCCUUCAAAAUAAGAGCUAGACUUCACAGGAAAACAGACCUCUGUUCACCGUAAGAAACAAUCAUUGCACUUUAUAAAGUCCUAAGGGUGAGACUAUUCCUAACACAUUUUAACUCUUAAGAUUUCAGUUGGUUUACAUAGUUGAGAAUUUUUUUAAAAACAUAGCUUGAUUUUAUUGAAGGGAAAUUUUCUCUUUCCUUUCUUUCUCACUCUUCUUUCUCUCACCCUUCUUUACUUCCUUCUACCACUCAGGAAGAGCAUCUAACUGAGUAAAAUUAUAAAGACCAGAACUGAAACUUGUAUAAAUUGUUAUUAUUUCCCUGACAUGGUACUUAUAUAAACAAAGGUAGUGGUCGGGCCGUAUUGGCACACACCAUUAAUCCCAGCACACUGGAGGCAGAGGCAGGCGGAUCUCUGUGUGUUCAAGACCAGCCUGGUCUACAAAGAGCUAGUUCCAGGACAGCCUCCAAAGCCACAGAGAAACACUGUGUCGAAAAACCAAAAACAGCAACAAAAAAAUCCAAAUAAACAAAAAAAUAAAGAGGUGGUGAUUGCCUACCCUUAUAUCUUAAAACUAAAAGUGUGUUUAUAGCUUAUAUUUGAUGACCUAAGGUCUACUCAAAUUCAUACCAAAAUAGAGAAUUUAAUCACAGAACGAUACUAUUUUUCAUUUACAAAAUGUUAACUCUUCUAAGUUAGAGAUGUACCUUCAAAGUGAAGAUAAUCUUGGAAUAAAAUAUGAAGAAAAUCUUUAAACUUAAACAUUUCAGACACAUGAUUUUGUCUUAGAGUUUAUUGUUAAAUGCUUUCACGGACAAAGAAUUACUAUACUAUAUUGAUUCCAAAGAGUUGCAUUACAAAGUGCUACUAACACUGGAAGUAACUUUGCCAACUAUGAUGAGAACUUCAAUUCUUGCUUUGUAGUUGUCUCUGCAUGUCAGUCAUCCAAGUACUUGGAGCAGUACCAUGUCUCUUGUUGCUGCAAAAUAUAUCCUCAUUUUCCUUCUUGUUUAAGAGCUCAACACAUUGAUUUCUCCAUCAUAGGCCAAAUUGCAUGAUUUCUCUUCGUUAAGGUUGUCACAGAGAAUUUUUCUUCAUUGUAGUGUUGGGUUUAGCCUGUCAAGCUUUGUCAAUUCUUUCAUUGGAGGAUUUUACCUUACAGUCUAGUGCCAGUGAAUUUAGUGGUUCAAACAUCUCCACCAUUGUCUAGCUCUCUGUCUUAGUACUCCUACAGAGUGUAGCGCAGUGGUUCACAAACUGAUUUGCAACGCCUUUGGGGGAUAGAACAACCCUUCGACAGGUUGCCAGAGACCAUCGGAAAACACAGAUAUUUACAUGACAAUUCAUAACAGGAGCAAAAUUACAGUUAUGAAGUAGCAACCAAAUAAUUUUAUGGUAGCAUGCCACCACAAUAUGAGGAACUGCAUUAAAGGGUCGCAGCAUUAGGAGGUUGAGAACCACUGUUCUAGAGCCUUAUUUUGUGUCCUGUGUAUCUUCUUCCCAUCAUUAUAAUUGUGAACAUAUGUUUUGCCUGGAGAAUUUAAGGGCAAAAUUUUAAUAACAUUUUUAUUAGAUAUAGUUUUCAGUAUUUUAAAAAAUCUUCCAGAAAGCCUACAAAACAUACAAAUCAUAUAUAGCAUUUACAUUAUUAAGUGGAGAACAAUUUACUCACAGAUUAGUAUAGACAAGCCCUGUGAUAAUCACAGCACAAUAUUUCCAUACAACAAGGCCAUAAUUCCAUAAUUAUCAACCAUGAAAUUUUAUUCACCUCAUUAAGAAUGUUCCCAACCAUAUUGGUCUAACUAGUUCAACAAAUUGUGCUAUUGUUCUUAAGUGUAUUGAAGUGGCUGAAAUAACUGAUUACAGCCCUCAUUAAGUAUCACACUAAAUAAGUAUUUCUUUAUAUUUCUUAUCUACCUGGAAGCUCACAGGGACUGAGGCAACUUCAUUUCAGGACUCAGCAAUUAGCACAGUGCCUGUCACAGAAACCUGUCCAGUAAACUAAUUCUAUUGAGCAAUGCAUAUAUGUAAAGCAAAUGUAUUUGUCAUUUAUAUCAUCACUGAAUGUGUCUGAUUGUUUCCUGAAAGUGACAUUAUAGCUUCUAAGUAAUUCUUAGAAAAUUCUUUCUGAAAACAGUAUUAUAGCAUGUCUCCUGAUGCUAAUGUUAUAGCUUCUAAGUGAUUCACUAGCUAUUUUUCAGGUGGUUGAUUAUUUGUUUUCAGAUUUUAACCAUGAUAGUAACCAACAGCUAAUCCUGUGUUUCCUUUAAGUGGCAAUAAUGGAUAAGACACUCAGUAAAAAUUCCAGUAAUACAUUUGGAACCCUCAUUUCUAAGUGUAAUUGCUUCAGUGAAAUUUUUUUCAGUUGUGGGAGGUAAUGCCCAAUGCUAUUACACAGGCAACUUAUUUCAUUUCUUUGUUAGUGAAAUGUGGGGCUUCUGCCAUAUGCUAUGAGAAAGUCAACAUUUUUUUUCAGGUUCGUAUUAACCUUAAUAAUUAUGUGGUAAAAUAUCUCAGUUCUAUAAAAUGUUAAUUUAUUAAAAUCUGUCACAAUUCUCUGUAUUAUCAGAAAUAAAAGAUGGAAAAAAUGAA